AAUUUUCUUUCUUUAGUGCUUCUGCUUCCUGGAGUUCCAGCGACUUUGCGAGACUGCGACAACCAACGAGCGGGCGACUCUGGACUUCGUCUGGCGGCGGCGAGCGACCGGCGAGUAUAUCAUCCAUGUGAGAGUUUUUCCGGGACACCGAGUGCCACUAGACCACAAGUUUUUGGUUGAAGCCGAGAUGGAAGAAGUUGAAAUCAUAUCCACAUGCUUGGUUGGGGCGACCGCGGGAACAUCAAAUGGUGUCUCAAGAGUUGAGUUAACACCAUGGGAUCUCAACUUCCUCCAAGUCGGCACCAUCCAGAAAGGCCUCCUUUUCCACAAGCCCACCUCUCAACAACAAAAAGAAUUGUUCAAUUCCAAUUUGAUUCAUCACUUGAAAGCCACUCUCUCUUCCACGCUGGAUUUCUUUCCUCCGCUCGCCGGCCGCUUUGCCAUGGUGAUGAACGGCGAGGAUAACACCUGUAGUUUUUAUGUCGAUUGCAAUAAUUCGGGUGUUGAGUUUGUCGAAGCCAGGGCGAGUGGCGUGACGGUUGCCACGAUUCUUGAUCAGUCCAAUGUUGAUAAUAAUGUUCCUCGGAUACUCCGGUGUUUGUUCCCCCUCAAUGGCAUCCUCAACCGCGACGGGAUCUGUAAGCCUCUGAUGGGUGUGCAAAUAACCGAGCUUCUCGACGGCUACUUUAUCGGCUGCACAUUGAAUCACAGCCUCGGAGACGGCACAUGUUUCUGGAAUUUCUUCAAUUCCUGGUCGGAAUUAUCGCGCGGUUUCCAUCAACCGUCAAAAACUCCCAUCUUCCAACGGUUCUUCCCCGACAACACGCCCUGCCCGCUUCAUCUCCCUCUGAUAAACGACAAUGACAGAUCACCCCUAGAUGGUUUCACCCCGGCCGUUCCAUUCCCAGAACGGGUCUUCCAUUUAAGCAAAGAAAACGUCGCCAAGCUCAAAGCAAAAGCCAACUCUGAAAUGGGAGCUACUAAUAUCUCUUCCCUGCAGGCCUACAUGGCUCAUCUGUGGCGGGCCGUCACUCGCGCUCGCCGUCUCGACAGCAAUGAAGACGUUCAUCUCUUCAUCAUUAUCGGAGCGCGAGCGAGGGUGCCUCUACCGGAAGGCUAUUGGGGGAACGCUGCUUAUUUCAGGACAAUAACGGCUAAAGCAGGGGAGGUUUUAGGGAAAGGGCUGGGCUGGGUAGCGUGGCAGAUUAAGGAGGAAGUUGAAAAGCAGAGCCGCGAAGAAGUGAUGAAUGAGUAUAAGCGGUGGGUGAAAUCGCCGGCGGAACUUGUGGCGAAGAACAUUCCGGCUAAUGUUUUAGCCAUCAGCAGCUCUCCGCGGUUCAACGUGUACGGCCCCGAUUUCGGGUGGGGAAAAGCAGUGGCGGUGAGGAGUGGUAUGGCGAAUAAGCCGGAGGGGAAGGUGACGCUUUUUGCUGGGCGGGAAGAAGGGAGUGUAGACAUGGAGCUGUGCAUGCAUCCCCGGACGCUACUUGGACUAGAAAACGAUGAACAAUUCUUGGAGCACGUCUCAAUCCCAGGAAUCUAGCUAAUGAAUACCUGCCUUUUUUAUUUUCUCCCAGAAGAACAUCCAAAGGAUAUGGUGGCCUUUUGACCAUUUCCUUUCUUGGAUCUCUUACAUCUUUGAAAAAAAAAAGGAUCAAUUUUAGUUUCUCAAUGUUUCUUACUAACAGUUUAGUCCUAACCUUUUAUCGAUGUUAGUUUCAUGA